AUCACAUAUGGUUAAAUCGUAAUUUAUGGGCACUAGUUUUCUUGGCGGAGGUGCAGAGCUUUGGGCUGAGGAGUGUUCUAGGGGGUUGCUGAAUGGGAGCAGUCAUUGGAUUCGUGUGACAUCAACGCAAGCCUCCCAGACUUUCCCUGCUCAUCAUAAUUUAGUUUUGGGACGUAUAGGGCACGUACAGUGAAAGCCCACAUACAUUCAUUUUAGUGUCCCCCUCCCCUUUCCUCCAUUGCGGAUUCUCCAGACAGAAAGCCGCAAGAAUGGCUCAAAUACUGCCGAUACGUUUUCAGGAACAUCUGCAGCUGCAGAACCUUGGGGUGAACCCGGCCAACAUCGGGUUCAGCUACCUGACCAUGGAGUCUGACAAGUUCAUCUGCAUCAGGGAGAAAGUGGGUGAUCAGAACCAGGUGGUGAUCGUGGACAUGUCCGACCCGACGAACCCCAUCAGGAGACCCAUCUCUGCUGACAGUGCCAUCAUGAACCCAGCCAGCAAGGUCAUCGCCCUCAAAGCCGCCAAGACCCUGCAGAUCUUCAACAUCGAGAUGAAGAGCAAGGUGAAGGCCCACAACAUGACUGAGGAGGUCAUGUUCUGGAAGUGGAUUUCCGUGAACACCGUCGCCUUGGUGACCGAGGCCACUGUCUACCACUGGAGCAUGGAGGGGGACUCGCAGCCCAUCAAAGUGUUUGAUCGUCACGCCAGCCUCGCCGGAUGUCAGAUCAUCAACUACAGAACUGACGAGCAACAGAAGUGGCUGCUGCUGAUCGGAAUCUCUGCACAGCAAAACCGUGUGGUGGGGGCCAUGCAGCUGUACUCCGUGGACAGGAAGGUGUCUCAGCCCAUUGAGGGUCAUGCUGCAGCGUUCGGGGAGUUCAAGGUGGAGGGAAACACCACCGCCUCCACCCUCUUCUGUUUUGCUGUGCGCUCCCAGGCGGGCGGGAAGUUGCAUAUCAUCGAGGUGGGUCAACCGGCCACAGGCAACCAACCGUUUGCCAAGAAAGCGGUGGACGUCUUCUUCCCACCGGAGGCCCAGACAGACUUCCCCGUAGCUAUGCAGAUCGGUACGAAGCACGGGGUGAUCUACCUGAUCACCAAGUACGGGUACAUCCACUUGUACGACCUCGAGUCCGGCGUCUGCAUCUACAUGAACCGCAUCAGCGCCGAGACCAUCUUUGUGACCGCGCCCCAUGAGCCCACCUCCGGGAUCAUUGGGGUCAACAAGAAGGGGCAGGUGUUGUCUGUGUGUGUGGAAGAAGAGAAUAUAGUCAACUAUGCGACCAACGUUUUGCAAAACCCAGACCUGGGCUUGAGGAUGGCUGUGAGGUCAAACCUAGCCGGAGCUGAGGAGCUGUUUGCCAGGAAGUUCAACACUCUGUUCGCACAGGGAAGCUACUCUGAGUCUGCUAAAGUCGCUGCCUCUGCCCCUAAGGGGGUGCUGCGGACCGCAGAGACCAUCAGGAAGUUCCAGGGGGUACCGGCCCAGCCCGGCCAGGCCUCGCCCCUGCUCCAGUACUUUGGCAUCCUCCUGGACCAGGGCCAGCUCAACAAGUUUGAGUCUCUGGAGCUGUGCCGGCCCGUGCUCCAGCAGGGACGCAAGCAGCUGCUGGAGAAGUGGCUCAAGGAGGAUAAGCUCGAAUGUUCAGAGGAGCUUGGGGACCUGGUGAAGGCUUCAGACCCCACCCUGGCCCUCAGUGUGUACCUCAGAGCCAACGUCCCCAAUAAAGUCAUCCAAUGCUUCGCUGAGACUGGACAGUUCCAGAAAAUAGUGCUGUAUGCUAAAAAGGUGGGCUACACACCGGACUGGAUCUUCCUGCUGAGGAACGUGAUGCGGGUUAGCCCAGACCAAGGGCUGCAGUUUGCCCAGAUGUUGGUCCAGGAUGAGGAGCCCCUGGCUAACAUCAACCAGAUAGUGGACGUGUUCGUGGAGGGCAGUCUGAUCCAGCAGUGCACCUCUUUCCUGCUGGACUCCUUGAAGAACAACCGCCCCGCCGAGGGCCACCUGCAGACGCGCCUGCUGGAGAUGAACCUCAUACACGCCCCUCAGGUGGCAGAUGCGAUCCUCGGGAACCAGAUGUUCACUCACUACGACCGGCCCCACGUGGCCCAGCUGUGCGAGAAGGCAGGCCUCCUGCAGAGGGCCCUGGAGCACUUCACCGACCUGUACGACAUCAAGCGGGCCGUGGUGCACACGCACCUGCUCAACCCCGAGUGGCUGGUGAACUUCUUCGGCUCGCUCUCGGUGGAGGACUCGGUGGAGUGCCUGCGGGCGAUGCUCUCCGCUAACAUCCGGCAGAACCUGCAGCUCUGCGUCCAGGUGGCGUCCAAGUACCACGAGCAGCUGGGCACCCAGACCCUGGUGGAGCUCUUUGAGUCCUUCAAGAGCUACGAGGGCUUGUUUUACUUUUUGGGGUCGAUUGUAAACUUCAGCCAAGAACAGGAUGUUCAUUUUAAGUACAUCCAGGCUGCUUGUAAGACCGGCCAAAUCAAAGAGGUUGAGAGGAUCUGCAGAGAGAGCAACUGCUAUGAUCCAGAAAGGGUCAAAAACUUCCUCAAGGAGGCUAAGCUCACAGACCAGCUCCCCCUGAUCAUCGUGUGUGAUCGCUUCGACUUCGUCCAUGAUCUGGUUCUCUACCUCUACCGCAACAGCCUGCAGAAGUACAUCGAGAUCUACGUACAGAAGGUGAACCCCAGCCGUCUGCCAGUGGUGAUCGGGGGGCUGCUGGACGUGGACUGUGCCGAGGACGUCAUCAAGAACCUGAUUAUGGUGGUGCGAGGCCAGUUCUCCACCGACGAGUUGGUGGAAGAGGUGGAGAAGAGGAACAGGUUAAAGCUGCUGUUGCCGUGGCUGGAGUCUCGCAUUCAUGAAGGUUGCGAGGAGCCCGCUACCCACAAUGCCUUGGCAAAGAUCUACAUCGACAGCAACAACACCCCCGAACGCUUCCUGAAGGAGAACCCGUUCUAUGACAGCGCUGUGGUGGGCCGCUACUGUGAGAAGAGGGACCCCCACCUGGCCUGCGUGGCCUACGAGAGGGGCCAGUGUGACCUGGACCUCAUCAAGGUUUGCAACGAGAACUCCUUGUUCAAGAGUGAAGCGCGCUACCUUGUGCGACGGAAAGAUCCAGAACUAUGGGCCACCGUCCUGGAGGAGAGCAGUCCCUACAGGAGACAGCUCAUCGACCAGGUGGUACAGACCGCUCUGUCCGAGACCCAGGACCCGGAGGAGGUGUCCGUCACGGUCAAGGCCUUCAUGACAGCCGACCUGCCCAACGAGCUCAUAGAGCUGCUGGAGAAGAUCGUCCUGGAUAACUCUGUCUUCAGUGAGCACAGAAACCUCCAGAAUUUGCUGAUUUUGACGGCGAUCAAGGCCGACCGCACGCGCGUGAUGGAGUACAUCAACCGGCUGGAUAACUACGACGCGCCGGACAUCGCCAACAUCGCCAUCAGCAAUGAGCUCUUCGAGGAGGCCUUCGCCAUCUUCAAGAAGUUUGACGUCAACACCUCGGCCAUACAGGUGCUGAUCGAGCACAUCCAGAACCUGGACCGGGCUUACGAGUUUGCAGAGAACUGCAACGAGCCGGCGGUGUGGAGCCAGCUGGCCACGGCGCAGCUCCACCGGGACCUGGUGAAGGAGGCCAUCGACUCCUACAUCAAGGCCGACGACCCCUCGGCGUACAUGGAGGUGGUCAACGCCGCCAGCAAAAACAAUAACUGGGAAGAUUUGGUGAAGUUCCUGCAGAUGGCUCGGAAAAAGGCCAGGGAGUCGUACGUCGAGACGGAGCUCAUCUUCGCGUUGGCCAAGACCAACCGUCUGGCCGAGCUGGAGGAGUUCAUCAGCGGGCCCAACAACGCUCACAUACAGCAGGUGGGCGACAGGUGUUACGAGGAGGGCAUGUACGACGCGGCCAAGCUCCUGUACAACAACGUGUCCAACUUCGCCCGGCUGGCCUCCACGCUGGUGCACCUGGGAGAGUACCAGGCCGCCGUGGACAGCGGCAGGAAAGCCAACAGCACCCGCACCUGGAAGGAGGUGUGCUUUGCGUGCGUGGACGGUGAGGAGUUCCGGCUGGCCCAGAUAUGCGGCCUGCACAUCGUGAUCCACGCCGACGAGCUGGAGGAGCUCAUCAGCUACUACCAGGACCGGGGCUACUUCGAGGAGCUGAUCGCACUGCUGGAGGCGGCGCUGGGCCUGGAGCGCGCCCACAUGGGCAUGUUCACCGAGCUGGCCAUCCUCUACUCCAAGUUCAAGCCCCAGAAGAUGAGGGAGCACCUGGAGCUCUUCUGGUCUCGGGUCAACAUCCCCAAGGUGCUGCGUGCGGCAGAGCAGGCUCACCUGUGGGCGGAGCUAGUGUUCCUCUACGAUAAGUACGAGGAGUACGACAACGCUGUCCUCACCAUGAUGUCACACCCUUCAGACGCAUGGAAAGAGGGUCUUUUCAAAGACACCAUCGCCAAGGUUGCCAACGUGGAGUUGUACUAUAAAUCCCUCUCAUUUUACCUGGACUUCAAGCCCCUGCUCUUAAACGACCUGCUUGCUAUCCUGUCCCCGCGGCUAGACCACAGCCGAGCUGUCACCUUCUUCUCCAAGGUGGACCAGCUGAAGCUGGUGAAGGCGUACCUGAGGUCGGUGCAGAGUCACAACAACAAGGGAGUGAACGAGGCGCUGAACGACCUGCUGACGGAAGAGGAAGACUUCCAGGGCUUAAGGGCGUCCAUCGACGCGUACGACAACUUUGACACCAUCGGACUGGCACAGAGGUUAGAGAAGCACGAGCUGAUUGAGUUCAGGCGGAUCGCCGCCUACCUCUACAAGGGCAACAACCGCUGGAGACAGAGCGUGGAGCUCUGCAAGAAGGACAAACUCUACAAGGAUGCAAUGCUGUACGCGGCCGAGUCAAAGGAGGCCGAGCUGGCUGAGACUCUCCUCCAGUGGUUCCUGGAGGAAGGAAAGAAGGAGUGCUUCGCCGCCUGCCUGUUUGCAUCCUAUGACCUGCUGCACCCCGACGUGGUGCUGGAGCUAGCCUGGAGACACCAGAUCAUGGACUUUGCCAUGCCCUAUUUCGUCCAGGUCAUGAGGGAGUACCUCGCCAAGGUUGAUCAGUUUGCUGAGAAGGUGACGGUGGAUAAGCUAGAGGAGCUGGAGAGCCAAAGGAAAACUGAAGACGAGGUCACUGAGCCCCAGCCAAUCGUGUUCGGUCAACAGCUGAUGCUGACCGGCACCACGCCAGCUGCUGUGACUCCCCAGGCGCCCUACCCAGGCUACGGCUACGCCGCUCCGGGCUUCCCUCCUCAGCCCGCCUACGGCUUCAACAUGUAACAACCUGUCACCUA